ACACAAAGCAGGCUUCGCAUUUUUUUUACUUCCACCACAAAAAACUAAGAGCAAAACCCUGAAUUAAGCAAAUUAAACUGGCAACAAGAUGUCCAGCUAUUCGCCGAACCAACUGCGCCAGUGCGCCCGCUUCACCGGCACGCCCUGCUUGCCAGACAAGGAGCAGCAGCUGCGGGAGCAGAUCCACAGCGAGCUGGCGAAGAUCAAGUACUGCGCCAAUCCCACUUACGAGUGCAGCUUGAUGCGGAUCGAGGGCUACGACUACUGCAUCCGGCACAUCCUGCGCGAUCCGCGCUCCAACUACCGUCAGUGCUCGCACGUCUACUCGAACGGCAGGAAGUGCAUCAAUGCAGUGCCCAAGUACGACAACAAGAAGGAGCAGAUCCUGACGACCCUCUGCUUCGAGCACAACCGCCAGACGCAGCUGCAAAAGACCCACCUGAAUGUGGGUCGCAUCCGCAGCCGGGUGGAGACCAACGAGACCCUGCUCCACAGCCUCUCGUCGCACAUCAAUGUGGAGGACAUCAAGCCAGAGAUACCCAAGACCGAUGAUGAUGAAAUCGAUGUGGUCUCGCCGCAUGUCACACCGUUUGUCACCCAAGAUCACCGCAACUCCAUAGGACACGUUAUGGAGAGCUCUCGCAAGCGUCGUCGCAUUCUGGACUACGCCUCCGACAGUUCCAGCAACGAUGAGGAUCCGCCUUGUCUGCGAAACACAGCCCAGGACAUAGAGUUCUACGAGUCGGACUAUGAAAGCAUUGACUCGGAAGAUGAUGAUCCCCUCAAGCAUGCUGGCGUGUACACGCGCGCCGAGGCUGUUAGGAUUGCCGAGAACAAGCUGAUAAAGCUUCAGGGGCUCUAUCGCGAGCAGAUCUCGCACCUGCAGCACAUCCUGAAGCAGCGGCGUCGCAAGUAUCUGCACGAGAUACGCCGUGAGCGGGAACUUUAUUGCAGCAUCCACGAUCAGCUGAAGGAAACGCCACACGAGCGAAAGCUGUACGAACAGCUAAAGGCGCUGAACAGCUACCAUCGUCGUCAGGGCAUGGAGGCAGUGCUGUACAAGAAACUAAAGGAGAAGCGCGCCCGGGACACCUUGUAUGCAUCCAAGUCGAGCAACCCCAAGUGCGUCUUCACCGAGGGCGGCGUCAAGUGCGGAGAGCGUACGCUACCCUGCUGCAAGCACUGCCGCAAGCACAUCUUGGAGGACAAGCGCCAGGUGCUGUUCCGGGCAUGCGGCGUGGAACGCAGUGGGGUGGUCUGCCAGGAGCCGGUGGCCAGCAUCCUCGAAGACUCCAGUUGCGUGCUGCAUCUGACCGUGGCGCCGGCCAAGCGCCAGUAUAUACAAAAGUUUUAUGAAGUUCCAAGCACUCCGUCGCAAGAAAGUAUUUUCGCAGCAGGCCGUGGUGCCGAUAAUUUUGUCGGAGAAGAUCCACGGAUUGAAAUGCAUGCGGAGAGCGAUGAUCUCUUGGAUUUUGCCAAUGGUAUAUUCGAGUUUGACCUCGACACGGCUGAUGACCUGGCCAAUUCCCUCGACGAUGAGUGCUCCAUGUUUCUAGACAUGGACAGUGGUGAGCUGGGCCUGGCCAUUGACGAUGGCAGUGUGGACGGUGCCCCUGUAGACUUAGGUCUCGAGGAGGAAGGCGAUGGCGGGUCCAACGAUUCCGUUGACCCCGCCGAGGCUCAGGCUCAAGACAGCCUCAUCGAACGUCAUUUAGAUUUAGAAGAAGCCCCAUCGGUGCACGAGAGUAGUGAACUUAACUUUGAAAUCGACGAGGCGGAUAGCAAUGUUAACGAGGUGUUGAGAAUGCUCGAGGGCAUUGAGCAAAUGCCCUGGUUUGAUGCCCUCAUGAACUAGUCCGAUAGCGUUGUAAAUAAAUGCGAGUCGGAGACCGAAGAGGAAGAGACCGUGUCUGCGGGCGUGGGUACCACUGUAAAAACGGAAAAGGAGGACUCCUCAGAUACUCCAAUCACGAACCAAGUCCUUAACGUCACCACAGCCCACGACGAAGACCGCAAAGGCGG